CUCACAGGCAAUCCAUUCAUGAAGGCAUCGGCUAGCGACGCGCACACACACACACAUGGAGUCAUCCCGCCCACCUGACUGCCCGAGAAACAAAGUCUCACGACCCACACACACACACACACAAACACUCACCCAGGCACCCACCCACCCACGUGGCCCAGCCAACACGCACACGACCGACAGACUGCGAAAGAGAGAAAGGGAUCACUACAAAAAGAGAGUGCGGGUCCGUCGGCUCUCGUCAGCCUCUUGGCCGCACAGGAGAUCUCCUCCCCCAGUCAGCCAGUCAGUCAGUCAGUCGGACAGCCAGCAGCCAGCCAUGCACACCAAUCAACCAAGUAUCCAUCCAUCCAUCCAUUCAUCCAUCCACAAGGCACAUGAUUCACACAUGCAUCAGCUGCCCUGCCUGCCCACAGCUACUAGAAAUGAGACAAAAAGACUCCCCACUCAGUGUUGUUGAUCUCUCCAUGUCACCCACCCACUGCUGACGUGUGUGUGGGUGUGGGUGUGCAAAGAGAUUCCCAGCCCACUGCUAUGCCCUCACCCUCACCUACACUGACACUGCGUUGCAGCCGGAGAGACAGACAGACAAACAGACAAACAGACAGAGACAGACAGACAGACAGACAGCCGGCCAGCCAGACAGACACCGAACUCACUGCCCCCCUCAGACUGACGUCAAAAGACAGCCGCACGACCACUCGACCGACCACUUCCUGGCUGCCCCUCACGUGCCACGGUGCCCACCAACAGAGAACGAAACACGCACGCCGUAGCCUCCACCCCCAACCCCCCCAGCCAUCCCAAGUGAGUGGAAUGGCAAUAAAGUCGUGUGUGGUAUCAUUCAGCCCUGCAGCAAACAGCACAUACACCAGACAGAACACUGAUGGCAGCGAGAAUGUGUGAGCCGUUGCUGGUGUUGCUGGUGCGUGGACAGGUGCGGACCUGGCAAUUUUCAGAAGUGCCUGGUCUUCCUCUGAAUCCAGACCGGCCCUACCUGGACACACACGUAGAACUCCAGGCACCCAUACGUGUGGAAGGGCCCGCUCGUGCCCGUCCCGUUGGCCCAGAACCACCCGACGGCACGGAUGGUGCCGUAGUGAGCGCCCUCGACCUCGAUUGUGGCGUUGUGGUGCGGCGCCGUCGCCGCCUCCAUCUCCUCAUGAGUGGCUGGGCGAAUCAUCAUGCUCCCCUCCAUGGGCCCGGCCGCCUCGGUGAGGUUGCCCUGCUCAUGCUGGUGACGCAGGACGAUGCCGUAGUCCUCGGUCAUGUUUCUGUCGUCCAUUGCCUUGUGCAGCGACGCGAGGAAGGGCUUGUCGGCCAGCAGCGCCUUGUAGCUGGUGCGGAAGGCGUCGAGGUGCUCCGGGCAGGGCAUCAUGUACUCGAGUGGCACCACAUCACCUCCCUCGCCCAGCUUCAUCUUGUAGGGAAAGGCCUUCGACAGGUCCAGAGAGGCAAAGCUUGCUGGCAGCAGGAUGGGCCGGGAAUACUCGGCGCCAUAGCAGUCGGUCCGCAGCAGGACCUCUCCCUCCUGAAGCUUCUCAUGGUGGUGUGGGAGGUGGAUGCCCAGCACCUUGCCGUGGCGAGAUGGGCCGACGAUGGUCGUCAAGACGUCCCUGACGGCCUCCUCGCCUCCUGCCGUUGCUCCUUUGUCGCUCAGCGAGGCGAACGCAGGCAGAUCGUUGAACACGGACGUGUUCCAGGUGUUCGAGGUGGGCACGACGGCCGAGUUGGGCUUCCAGCCCGGGCCAUGGUGAAGUAGCACCACACUCACGAGGACCGCGCCGACAGCCGCCGCACUCGCGCCGAUGGUCAGGUGCUUCAUGUCUGGAAGGGAAGGGACGAGAGGAUGAAUCAACACGACGGACAAACGAGGCAGCUGGAACCCGCUGAGGGCCCUUCAUGGUGCUCUAAAGCGGGUCCACUCACAAGUGUUUCU